UUAUGCUUCAAGUUCUACCUCUCUAUAUAUUGCGAUGUCUAUCAUCUAUGGUUACUUUGUGGUUACUUUGUCUUGUUUGUAUGUGCGUUUGCGGUGCGUCUGCGCAGCUUUGAAUAAAGUUUUUAAAAGUUGAAGAUAUGAAUAAAAUUGUGUAAAACAACAGGCUUGAAUGUAACAAACACUUUAAAUAAUGAAAUAAACAUAACAAUAUGAGCAAAUUUAUAUAGAAUGGCUGAUGCCUGUAAAAUAAGAAGUUCCAGAGAGGAAAAAAAUAUUAAUAAUCAAGAUGAAAAUUGUUGUGUUUUUAAUGUUAUAAGUGUAUUUAUAUCCCUUGUUACAAUACUUGCCGAUUUAGCGACAGAUAUAUUGGUGUUUGUAGAAUAUUGCAAAGAUGGAUACUUAGAUUGGGCCCUUAUAACCCUUACAUUUAUUGUAACUCCAAAUAUAUUAAUAAAUAUAUUUUCAUUAAGAUGGUUUGUUAUUGAUAAAAAGAUUAAUAUUCACCAUUGGGUUACACAUGGGUUUCUUGUUGGACUAUUGGAAAGGUAUAUACUAUUUUUAUAUGAAGUGUUUUCAUGUAAAAACUUAGAAUUGGUUAAAUCACAAAAACUUUUAACACAGAGGAAUGAUUUGAGUUUAUUGCAUUUUUUAUAUGCAUUUACGGGGACAAUUCCUCAGAUAAUUCUACAGACUUAUGCGAUUGUGAUGUUGAAUGAAAACUACCAAACAAGGGUAUUUUCAUUGACUGCAUCUAUAGCAUCUGUGAUAUGGGGUUGUGUUACAUACAUAUAUAGCACUACUACAUUCUCGUCUGAUAGCAUUAAUUGGAUAUCUUUAUUAUUAAAACUAACAUGGCAUUUUGGAACUCUCAUUGGAAGGAUAACUGGAAUAUUUAUGUUCAGCAUUAUUUUUGGUGUAUGGACUCUCAUACCUCUAGGGUUGCACUGGUCUGCUAUGACAUUCUGGAUAAUCACACAAAAAACAACUUUCUGCCCAAACAAAUUUGAAGAAACUCUGUACAAUGCUGUUAUGGGAUUUGUAUAUUGUUUCUGUUUUAUAAAUGUUAAGGAAGGCCACACUCGAUAUAGACUAAUGAUGUUCUAUACAUUGAUAGUCACCCAGAAUUAUGGUAGUAUGCUUCUGUACAUGCUAAUAACGGACAUUGAAAGGCAGAAGAAACCUUGGUCAAUUGCUGCCACAGUUUGUGUGAUUUUUGGCACUUUGAUUGGCAUUGCAGCUAUGAUUGUAUAUUAUAGAUAUUUCCAUUCCAAAGGACCAAUUCCUUGGAGAUAUGUGCAUGAGGAUGUGGAAUUGAACAAUAAAGUUGUAUGUGAUAAUACCAAAACAGAGACUGAAAAAAGUGGUAACUUAAAUAACUUAAGAUUAUUUAAAAAUUCCAACUUGUCUCAAGUAACAAACUACGAAAAAAGAAAAGAUUCCAAUGCUUCCCAAACUGGUCAACCAAAUGAAAGCGAAAACGCGGAUAAAAAAUUUCUCCUGGACCAUUGGAUUGCAAGAUCUGGAACACCUACAUUCACUUCAGCACCUAUUGGUAAUAUUAGCAUGGAUACAUCUAGCAUUGAACUGUAUACUAUCGAAAACACCCCACAAACAGUAAUUAAUAGACAUGAUAGUUUAGUCAUAAAACCCAAAAAGAAAAUAUGUUCUCCCACUGAACUGACCCUUAAACUAUCAUCUAUAGAAAAUCUAGAAAGCUCUAUCGAUGAAAUUACUUCGAAUGUCCUUAAUGUGCAAAAACGUAGAGGAAUUUGUUCCUCUGAUGAAUUAAGAGAUGAUUUUAAUAAUAUGAACUUAGGUGCGUCUAAUAUAAUCAAUCAAGAAUUCUCAAAAGUAAAGACUGAUCGAAGUUCUGAAUUAAGCCACGAUACAGAUGGAUCAAAUAAGAAAACAUCAUCUGAUUCCAUUGAUAUGGAUCUAGACUUAAGUUUUAGUGAUAUAAACAGUUCUGAUAUUAACACAUUUAAUGAGAAUAUUGUACAGAAAUUAUGUUUAAGCGCUUUGAAAAAUAUAAAAGUCGGCAAUCAAGAUGCUGAUAUAGAAAAUAUUCAGAGAAUAGCAUUAGAUAUUCUUAAGGAAAUGUACACAAAGAAGGAUAGGAAGAAGAAUGGUGUAAGUACGGGCCUCUUUCACGUUAAACGUGAUUUAGAUACUCCAACUGAAAUAUUAUCUGUACAUGAUUAUGAAAAUAUUUGUGCCGUUAAUAUUGCGCGAGAAGCUUGGGGUCUCCGAUCUUGGAAUGGAUAUUGUGAUAUUGAAAAUUGGCUGCACGACGGCAGUGUAGUGAGGGACAGGAGUCGGGAUACAUUUACGUCUGAAAGUUCAGAAAUAAGUAGUUGUUUGUCUCAAGAACUAAAGAACGCAAUACUGUCCGCUCCGCCAUUUCCUAAAAAGCCUCAUACUUAUUCAAAUGUUUACGUAAAAGUCGAAAGAAAUCCUGAUGAUUACGCUAAUACUGUGAUGUGCCAAACCAGUGAUGACGCUCUCUUAACUAAAUCUUAUAUAUUAGAAAAUAAUAAGGAUCCAAAUCAUUUAGAACCCAUAAUAGAGGAGUUAGAUGACUUAGGUGAUAUAGAUCCUUCAAAUAAAAAGCAUUUGAAUUCUGAAAGUUCACUUGUGGCAACAAUAGAUGAAAUAAGGAAAGCCACAGUUACAAAUUCACCAAGGAAUCUAUAUCAUAGAAGAGAACACACUUGGGAAUCUCCCCAGUUUAAAACUUUUAAUCAAAGUGAAAAUAAUUUAAAAAAAGCUCUUUGGAAAGAACCAUCCAAGUUUGAUUCUAGUAACACGAUGGAUACCUUGACCGAAAAACAAAUUGCUUUAGAUUCUUCACAUGCAGCUAAGUUAGAUACACAAAUGAAAGAAAUGAAUAAUAUACCCAAUGGCGAUAAUUCGUAUUCUAAUAAUGUAACGAACUAUACUCAAAAUUGUCCAAGAAGACAAAAAUCUAAUAACAGCUUAAAAAAUGAUCAUAAAAAGAUUAACAAUCAACCAAAUCGCCUUCAUGAUAUUUCAAAUAAAGAUAUUGAUCUUCUUUGGCAAUUAGUUUCCGAAAAUUCAUCAUUACCUUAUAAUUCCACUGAAAAUUUAUCAUUAAGUCGUAAAACACCAUCAUUGCAAUCCCUUAUUCAGAAGGACUCUAGUGCUAACACAGUAUCUAAAUCUUCUAAUAUUAAAAAGAGUUCUAGGAAUAGACCUCGGCGAAAAUUCUCCAUACUACGGGAAAAAUUUGAACCAAAGUUGAAUUCUGAUGAAGAAAUACUUUACAACCAUUCUGAUAAUAAUUUAUCAAAGUUAUCCAAUUCAAACAACAUCAAUCAAGACCGAAAAGAAACGACAGUAGAUGGUGGUAAUGAGAAUGAUGGAAUGUUUUGUAAUGCCGAGACUUUUAAUAUUUCCGACCAAAUAACUUCUACAUCUGUAGAUGAACUUAGUUCAGCGACGAAACAUAUAAAAGAAAAACGAUCUAUCUUUAUGAAACAAGUAUUGAGUCCGCCAAAAUUUAACACAAAGUUAAGACAUAAAAUAUAAUAGAUAAAUAUUUAAUUGUUUUCGUUUUGAUUAAACAAUCAAAUAGAAUAUAUUAUUAUUAUUCAUUAAAAUAAGAAUGUUGUACAACAUGAUAUUUCUAAUUUCUUUUUGUAAGUAAUUGAUAGUUCCAACAACUAACCAGUUUCCUUCAAAUUAAUGUGGUUCCUAUCUCAUAAAAUGUAUACAUUUUUAGACUUUGUAACGAUAAGUCAUUUCGAACACAGAUCUCAACGUAAAUUUAGUCAAUGCAAUGUUUAUAAACAUUUUAAUUUUAGGCGCCGUUACCUCGAAUGUAACUAAUGUAAGCGGUACUUUUAAGUGCCAUUAGCAUUAAACAUAUAAGUGUAAACUUUUAUUUAGAAGCUAGAUGACUUGCCUUUUAAACUAUAAAUUUAUCAAAUACCUUCAAAAUAUUAUGAUUUAUUUUAAUUGACUAUCGGUUUUAUUGCUGCUGUUUGAGUGACAUAUUUGAUGUUGGUUUAAUGCUCUAAGCUAAGGCUCUAAGUUUUUGAUAUUAUAUCACGUUGUAGGUAUGUGAUCGUUGGUGUGAUCAUUAAUAUCUGCACAAUGGCUAAAUAGGAGACUACGAGGAAAGAGUUGUAUGUAUAUUUAGUUAUUAAAAAACUGUGAUUUAAGUGCCUUUUUAUGUAUUUUUCCGCCAGUAUUGUAAAUUUAUGGAUAUUAUAUUAAAGUUUUUCAACAAUAAAUAUACGUUUCUUUGCAGUUUCUAUGAGUAAUAAGUUUACUCAUGGCCUAUAGGGUACACUCCAUAACUUGUACCUACUGCCUACAUUUUACGUGUUAAGUUAUACAUUUAUAAUGUAUAUAAAUAAUAUGACUGAGCAAUGUAAAUUAAUACUACCUAGUUUCAGCGUU